AUGACUGUUGUACCAGACGAAGAGAGUAGCGAAGAGCAUUCACAAGUAUACGAAGAACCAUUUCCAAUACCACGUUUAAUGAAAAUUUCAAACCCUAAACCUGCUCUCGUGCCAAAGUACACAGCUUUAGUGGAAGAAUUUAAUUAUGAUCUAUUUCAACUAUACUUCAGUCUUGUUAACUAUCAUAUAAAGUCAUACGAUCUAAAUCCAAAUCAGGUAUUUUCACCUGCUUUGGAGACAUUCUGUACAGCAUUCGAUAAUGAAGGAGAUAACGAAGAAGGUCAAAGUGAAGGUAAGAAGAAAUUAGAUCCAAAGCGACUUGCCGAACCUGAAUGUGUUGUUGGACGUAAUCAUGUUGUUAGAAAAUUCCUUCUUGUUUGUCAAAAAAGAUUUUUCGAAUUAACAGCUCAACCAUCCUUAACUAAGAUUGCAGUGCUUCACAAUGAGUUAUUCUACGCAUCAGAAGUGCUCAGACAGCAUAAUCCUGAUCAAGAAAUGAUGAAUUUUUGUGAUAUGCUCAUGGCAGAUACGUUCGACUUAUAUAAUGCAGUCAUUGGCGAUAUUAUUAAUAACCAAUACUGGAAUGCUGGUAAAAAUGUCGAAGAAUUAAUAACAGAUUUACUUAAGAAAGAAAUUCUAACAAUACGUAACUUAAACAGAGAAACAUUCCAGAGGAUGUCUUCAUGUGCAAUUCAGCGCGCAUUAGAUAAAGCACCACCGGGCCAAGCUGGUAAAAUUAGGGGAUGGGCGAAAGAUAAUGAAAUUGUAUUCGAAACAGAUGGAAAGUAA